AUGUUGAGGCUGCUGUAUCAGUAUGUUCACCGAUUUGGUCAGAAGUUGGUGCAAAGGCGGCUGUUGGACCCCGUAGAGGAGCCUGAGAGUCCCACAACUUAUUUGAACAUUCUAGACCUGGUCAUCUUGGGUGUGGGCGGAAGCCUGGGAGCUGGCAUAUACAUCGUGGCUGGUGCAGUGGCCAAAUACAUAGCUGGACCAGCUAUCAUCAUCUCCCUCUUGGUGGCUGCCCUGUCUUGUGUGAUGUGUGGGCUCUGCUAUGCAGAGUUAUGGGCCAGGGUAGCACGUUCUGGUUCUGUGUAUCUCUACAGCUACGUCACCAUGGGACAACUGUAUGCCUUCAUCACUGGCUGGAACCGCAUUCUGUCCUUAUUUGUUGCCACUGCCUGUGUGGCUAAGGUCUGGAGCUACAGUUUUGACAGCCUGAUUGGGAACCACAUCUCUCAGGCUUUAGAGGGGACUUUCUCUCCGUAUAUGCCCUCUUUCCUGGCCACGUUCCCAGACUUUGUCGCUCUGGCCCUGGUGCUGGUGAUGAUUGGAGUACUGGUUCCAGGAGCUCGUAUGCCAUCCCUGGUUAUCAAAGUGUUCACAAGCAUGAAUGUUUUUGUUCCAAUCUUCAUGAUCAUCUCUGGCUUCAUUAAGGGAGACCUGCACAACUGGCAGCUCACAGAAGAGGACUAUGGAAAUGCAUCUGAAUCCAGUGACAUCUAUAGGACUGGAGGCUUGGGGCCUCUGGGUUCUGGAGGGUUUGUGCCCUUUGGCCUUGAUGGGAUUCUUCAAGGAGCAGCUCUGUGUUUCUACGCAUAUUUUGGUUUUGAAGCCAUUCUCACUAAAGGCAAAGAAGCCCGAAAUCCUCAGCGUUCCAUCCCUUUGAGCAUAGUGAUCUCCGUCUUCAUCUGCUUUUUGAUGUAUUUUGGUUUCUUAGCAGCGCUCACCCUCAUGGUGCCCUACUACCAGAUUCAUCAUUACAGCCCUUUCCCACAGGCUUUUCUCCACGUUGGGUGGGACCCGGCCAGAUAUGUCAUGGCUGUUGUCUUCCUGUGUGCUCUUCUAUACAGCCUCCUGGGCGCCAUGUUUUUCAUGUCUCAGUUGGUCUGUGAAAUGGCGGAUGACAGGCUCCUUUUCCGGCAUCUUGCCCAGAUCCGCUCCAGUACAGGCAUCCCUGUCUUGGCCAUAGCAGCUUCUGGACUUCUUGCAGGGGUCAUGGCAUUACUCUUUGACCUCCGUGAUAUCGUUGAACUCAUGUUAUUUGAGGUCCUGCUUGUUUAUACCCUCGGGACGUUUUCUGUCCUCAUCCUCAGGUACCAGCCAAGUCAAAAUUUUGUCAAGAAUGAGAAAACAGAGGAAGAAACUGAGAUGGAGCCUACACUUGAAGGAAAUCCUUUGGACUCUGAACCUGAAGCAGGAACCUCAAACAUUCUAAAGAGUCUGUGGUUCCCUCCCAGCACCAUCUCCACCCGGAAAUCUGGCCAGAUUGUCUAUGGAUGUGCCUUCCUGCUUGUUCUCCUGAUAAUCAUCCUGAGCCUGAUCCUGGCCCAGUGGCCCAGCCAGGUGUUCUCUGGAGACCCCGUGCUCACAACAGUGGCUGUGCUGCUGCUGCUGCUCAUCACUGGGGUCAUGGUCAUCAUCUGGAGGCAGCCCCAGGACCCCAGUCCUCUUCUGUUCAGGGUCCCUGCUAUGCCUGUCCUCCCACUGGUGAGCAUCUUUAUGAAUGUCUACUUGAUGACAAAGAUAAACACUUGGACCUGGACCCAAUUUGGCAUCGCUAAUGCCAUUGGAUUUGUCAUAUACUUUGGAUAUGGGAUCCGAUACAGCUCAAGGUAGAACUGUGAUCAACAGCCCAGCUUCCAUCUCCCAGACUCUUGA